GAGUCACGCGGGGGACGUGCUGCCCACUAAUGACUUCCCCUUCCCUGCCAGGGCGGCUUUGCCCGGUGCUACGAGAUGACCGAUCUCUCCAGCCACCAGACCUACGCUGUGAAGGUCAUCCCCCACAGCCGCGUGGCCAAGCCGCACCAGCGGGACAAGAUCCUCCAUGAGAUCGAGCUGCACCGCGGCCUGCACCACAAGCAUGUGGUCCAGUUCUCCCAUCACUUCGAGGACGCCGAGAACAUCUACAUCUUCCUGGAGCACUGCAGCAGGAAGUCGCUGGCGCACAUCUGGAAGGCCCGGCACACGCUGCUGGAGCCCGAGGUGCGGUACUACCUCAAGCAGAUCAUCUCUGCCCUCAAGUAUCUCCACCUCAGAGGCAUCCUGCACCGGGACCUCAAACUGGGCAACUUCUUCAUCAAUGAGAACAUGGAGCUGAAAGUGGGCGACUUCGGCCUGGCCACCUGCCUGGAUGCUGCCGACCAGAAGAAGACGAUCUGCGGCACCCCCAACUACCUGGCCCCGGAGGUGCUGCUGCGGCAGGGCCACGGCCCCGCCUCGGACGUGUGGUCCCUGGGCUGCGUCAUGUACACGCUGCUGUGCGGCAGCCCCCCCUUCGAGACCUCGGACCUGAAGGAGACGUACCGCUGCAUCAAGCAGGUGGAGUACGCCCUCCCGGCCUUCCUCUCGGCCCCCGCGCGCCAGCUCCUGGCCGGCAUCUUGCGCCGCAGCCCCCCGGACCGCCCCACGCUGGAGGAGAUCCUGGACCACGAGUUCUUCCGAGCAUACACACCGGACAAGCUCCCGCCCAGCAGCUGCGUGAUGGCCCCGGAGCUGACUCCUCCCAACCCGGCCAGGAGCCUGCUCGCCAAAGUCACCAAGACGCUGUUUGGGAAGAAGAAACCCAGAGCUAAGAAGGGCCCGGUGGAGGACAAAGACGACCUCUCCAAGCUGGUCGCCGGCUUUAUGAAGACCUCGCUCUGCCGACAGACCAGCUACAAGACUAUGGAGGGGAACGAGGUUUCCCCCGUGUCGGGCCAGACAGCCUCCCUCAGCCCGGGUGAGACGCUGGCCGAGGAGGGCUCCCGCAAGUCCGUGUCCCGCUCGGCCGGAGGCACGAUGGCCAGCAGCUGUGAAGCCCUCAACGAGUGCGUCCCGGCCUCGGUGCUCAUCGAGUCGACCGUAAGGCUCCUGACCAGCUGCCUCUCCUCCAUGCCUCCAGCCGAGAGGAACCCGGCGUCCCUGGCCCAGCACGAGCCCUUCGUGUGGGUGAGCAAGUGGGUGGACUAUUCCAACAAGUACGGCUUCGGCUACCAGCUCUCGGACCGCGCCGUCGGCGUCCUCUUCAACGACGGCACCCACAUGGCCCUCUCAGCCAACCGCCGCAUGGUGCAUUACCACCUGACCGGCAGCAAGCAUGUGGCCUUCCGCACUACGUCCGUGCCCCCCGCGCUGCAGGGGCAGCUGGGCAUCCUGCGGUACUUCACCUCCUACAUGGAGCAGCGUCUCAUGAGGGGUGGAGACCUGCCCAGCCUGGACGAGGGCAGACAGCCGGCCCUGCUGCUGCUGCAGUGGGUGAAGACCGACCUGGCCUUGCUCAUGCUCUUUAGCAACGGCACCAUCCAGGUGAACUUCUACACGGACCACACCAAGGUGAUCCUGAGUGAGCCCGCUGGCCUGCUCACCUACGUCACCUGGGACCGUAGCUCCUACACCUACAAGCUGAGCAGCCUGCGGGAGCUGGGCUGCGCCCCCGAGCUCCAGCGCCGCCUCCGCUACGUCCUCAAGCUGCUGCAGGACCAGGCCGAGACCUAGGCGUCAUCUGCACCUCUUCCCAGGCUUGCAACCUCCAUUGCCCCCACGGCUGGCACCCAGCUCUCCCAGGGCUAUUGUCACCGCUGGGCGAGGUGACCUUCUCUUCAGCCGGCUGCUGGCACUUGGGGAGAUGCUACCACUGGUGCUGUCAGCUGUGCACGGGACUGAUGCUGGUGUCUGCUUGGGCGUACCUACUGCUUUGGUCCCAAGUGCAGCAAGCAGCAGCCACUCCCCAGCAGCACCACCCUGGUGUGGGAGCCUGUGCAAGCUCUGCCUUCGGUCUCCAGCCCAUGGCUGGGCUGGGCAGGGCUGGUGUCUUGGCAGUGACCAGCACUGCAGCAUCUCCCCGGGCAAGACGCCUGCUGCCUCUGCCUGGCGCCUGCCGCGGCUGUCCUGGACACGCUGCGAGACUCAUGGAGAGUGUUUCAAGCUGCCUUGCGGCAGGAUCACUACACCACGGGGGGGAUCGGGGCCCUUCCCCGCAGGCCGUGGAGCAAGCUCCUCCCCCCGCCACCGUGCGUGGCCACGGUACGAUACUCUAACGAGGGCAGGGCCCCCCCAGGCUCCCCCUCCCUGCCUGACCUUAUUUAUGGCUGUUAUUUAUAUGGUGUCUAUUUAUUGUGGCUCAUGUGGGCAUGGCCUGGCCGGGGCCUCCUUCUAAUAAAGACUUCCUUUUUCUAAA